CACCGACAUAUUUUGAAAUCGAAAGAUACCACUCUAUUUAAAAUGGAAACACCAUAACACGAGUGUGGAAUUUGUUUUAACGACUUGGUGUUUGGAUUCUGUGAAGAUUGCAGUUUUCGUCUGUGCGAAAAAUGUUUUUCUAACCACAAAAGAGUCACUAUAUUUAUUGACCAUACAAUUUUUCCCUUCGAUAAAUCAACCCAAUCUGCAAAUAUCUCAGUAGACAGGAAAACCGACAUUCACAAACAAAAAUGUUCCAUUCAUUUGACUGACGCCAAUUCUUUUUAUUGUGUAAAAGAUGACGCAACGAUUUGCGGUCGCUGCAUGCAUGCAAAUCACAAGGCGUGUCUUGAUGACAUUAUCGACCUUAACAAUGUUAAGCAUGAUGAAUAUGGGACGACUGAACUCACAAACACACUCAAACAACUAGAAGAAGAGAUCAGCGGGAUAGACAGACGUGUUGCCGAAAACUUAAAAUUGAAUGAUGAAUGCAAGGAAACAUGCUUGAAAGACAUAACGGAAUACACAAAGAAAUUGCAUGAUAGACUUGAUCUACUUAGAGAAAAAGCGGUACAAAAUGUAAACGUGAAACACACACACAAUGACACUAAUAUUCGAACAGUUGAAAAUUUGUGCAAAGAAGCCAAAGAACGCGUCAUGAAAAAAUCCGAUUUAAUAUACGACCUGUUACAUAAAAAACACGAACGCCAUCUUUUUGUCGUAUCGAAACGCUUGGGUAAAGAGGUGGAUGAAAUAAAAACAAUUAUUCGACAGUCGAAUUUGGAAAAUAAUAUUACAAAGUUCAGUUUCCUUCCUAACAGAACUAUAGAGUGUACAUUCCAAAACGACUUCAAUGACAUAGGACAACUUCAUGAAACAUGUGACGGCAGUGACGAGGUUGUUGAAGAUUUUCCUGAAAUAUUUUAUGAGUCAAAUGAUACGAUAGUUGACGCAGAUUUUGCACUUCCGCAAGUCACUGUCUCAGUCUCAGUGGAUAAUAUAGCCAACAAGGAUGACUUAAUUCAGCAGCUGAAGGCUGAUCUGGCCUCCAUACACACGCAACAGAAAAAGACUACAGAAAAGAAACUCGAGAACGAACCAAAAACUAAAUGGGAUAUUCCCGUAGUUAUUGAAAUGCAUGACAAAAUGCCAAGCCCCUCAGUUUCCCAAGUAGAAGGAAAUGAAGAAAUUGAUGUGACUCCCUCAAAGGACACACACACAUCAACUUAUCAGAACCAACUUGAAGCACCUGUUCAAGAAAGUAUACCAAGAGAUGUGACUUUUAAUCCUAGUUCUUCACUAGAAACAGGCAUGGAGUCCAAUAUAGUGAUUGUAGAUGGAAUUAAACCAAAUACAACAGAACGUGAUCUAAGAGACAGUUUGAAAAGUCUACUAGUGGAAAAUCCAUCACAAUUGGUUUUUUGUGAACGGAGAUCAGAGGCUCUUCUCGUUUUCUCAGAUGUCAAAGUUGCUGAAUCUAUGUUGGGUAGAAAGGUCAACCGAUUUACAUUCAAGAAACAUCCAAAAGUGGACCAUUAUAAUUGUUUUUAUUGCAUAAGUGGAAAGGAAUAUGAACAACUCAAAGAAUCAGGAAUGCUAGAGUUCAUUUGUUACAAACGAUUAACGGAGCCAUAUUUUCGCUUUUCAAUAAAUGAUACACAAGGAACUUUGGCUGUGAUUUCACAAACGCUAUAUGGAGUACAUUAUGUAAAGGAGAUUGUUAGUGAAUUCGUGUGGAGAUCCUAUGGAAACGUUAGCGAACUGAAGUAUGAGUUUUUGAAUGCUAAGUUUGCUGCUGAUAUAUGUGGUCCAGGCAACACAGACGGCGAAAUUGUAUAUGUGAAUUGCAAUAUAAAACUUGUUUGUCGGAGAAGUGAUUUAGACAAGCACGACAAAAACAUUCGAAAAUUGCUAAGCUAUGAAGGUGAGAAAGAAAUCCCAUUAGGUAAUGGUGAAUUGGACAAAGCAGCUGACUGGUGCUCAAAAUUUGAGAAAGAAUGUUUUCCUUGUGCAUUUGUUAAAAAGUGGAAUAAAUUGGUGGUUAUGUUUGAAGUAUGGGAAGAUAUCAAAAAGGUUAACUUAACACUUUCAAAGCUCCGUAAUGAGCCAAAGCUUGUAAGUCAGAGCCGCCAUCUUGUUGCAAAUACAACUGAAGCAUCCGGUAACUCUUCUUUAACACAGUCAAUGCAUGUUUCUGGCUUGCCAUUCCCAAUUAACAAGAACAUGUACAAAACACUGUCUGGAAUAUUAGUUCAUGUUUACCAAGCUGACAUUUGUAGCUUGAAUGUGGAUUGCAUUGUGAAUGCUGCAAAUUCAAUGCUCUUGCACGGUGAUGGAGUGGCUGCAGUUAUACAAAAAAAGGCUGGUGAUGAUUUGAAAAAUGAAGGUGAUAAAUACAUAAGACGUAAUGGAGAAAUAAAAGAUGGCAAUGUUGUUGAAACAUGUGCAGGGAGACUUCCAUACAAAUAUGUAUUGCACGCUGUGGGACCCAGAUGGUCAGACUAUGACACAAGAUCAAGGAAAGGUCGUGGCGAUUGCCGUGCAGCUCUUCAGAAUGCGGUGUUCAACAGUUUUCUGAAAGCCAGAGAACUUCGAUUGAAAUCUGUUGCAUUACCGGCAAUCAGUUCCGCAAUUUUUGGAGUUCCAUUGGAAAUAUGCACUGAAGAGUAUGUACAGGCAGUAUUGAUGUACAGUGGAGUAGGUGCUGAGUCUUCAUUGAGGGAGAUACACUUUGUUGAUAUUCUCCCUGAGGUUGUUACACAAAUUCAGAAAAGGUUCGAUGAAUAUGUAAAAAAAGGGGAUCUAUCGAAUGCAGAUCAGUUUGAAACUUCCUCACUACGUAAUAGAAAGACCAACGUAAAACCUAACGCGACUAGUGAAUCGGGGUUUCACACAGAAACAACAACCACCAAAAUUUCAGAGCAAAAAUUGCAUGACCAAGCACCAUGUGUAAUUUGUAUGGAUGACUUUACAAAUCCCAAGAAACUUGCCUGUGGUCACAUAUUCUGUACAGAUUGCAUAAACCAAUGUUUUGAUACAAAACAAGUGUGUCCCACCUGUGGGCAAAUCUGCGGAAUAAUUAAAGGUGAUCAGCCGCCAGGAACGAUGACCAUAAUACGUGAAAAAUAGGAGUCUUGUGUCGGCUAUGAACAUGUCGGGCGAUUAUGUAUAGCCUACAGUUUUAACUCUGGAACACAGACGGCAAAUCAUCCAGAACCUGGUAAAUGGUUCAAAGGAAUAAACAGGCGUGCAUUCCUUCCUGAUAAUAAGGAGGGUGCAGAUGUGUGCAGAAUGUUGAAAGUGGCUUUUCAAAGAAAGCUUGUCUUCACUAUUGGGAGUUUACGAACAACCGGAGAAGAAGGUGUGAUCACAUGGAACGACAUUCAUCACAAGACUUAUCACAGACCAAACCAACAAUUCGGCUACCCCGAUCCAUCAUACCUGGAACGAGUGACUGAUGAGCUGAAAGCCAAGGGAGUUACACUUGCCGAUAUCGAUCCAAAGGAUAGAUUGGAAGGCACUGUGUAUUGUAUGUAGAAUUUGACGCUGUUUAUAAUUGAAGAUGCAGUACCGUGUUAGGUCUAAUUACAUUUUUGAAUUAUUGUGCUUACUUUUUUAAUUUUUGUUGGAAUGAUAGUAAUGUUGAAUUAUUUAUUGGGAAAUUAUGUUAUAUAUAUUCUGUAAUAUGUUGAAAAGUGGGGUUUAAUUAAAUUAAUUUCAGUAAUUGUAAUUGUUAUUGACUUAUAUUCACCAACGUGACAUUUCAGACGAAGUAUUUUCUUUUAAUUGUUAAUGGUGUGUUAGUUUGGCAAGUGGUUGUUUCUUUUGUGUUUUACACAUGUGUACUGGAUUGCAUUAACUUAUGAAAUACGUUCACCUUUUUUUCACCUUACCCUACAGUUAGCCUACUGAACUUAUAGCAACUAGCAUAGAUAGAGAAUAUUAUGUGAGUUUUGGAUAAAGAUCAAGUUUAUCAUGCGAGGCUUAGAACCGAUGUAGCGCGAGGCUUGCCGAGCGCUAACAUGGUUCGUGCCGAUCAUGAUAAACUUGAUCUUUAUCCAAAACUCACAUAAUAUUCUAUUUAUCCUAUUAUUUCUUCACAAUUUUCCAUUAAUAACUGUCAAAUAUGGCAUUUUUUGACGAUUUAGUUUUUCCGUAGUUGACAAAAAAGAUUCUCCAAUUUUUGGAAAAACCCAAAUCUGAUCUAACAAUAGCGAUAGUAUAAAGCUCAUGUUUAUACGAUCGUUGUUAUACUAUCGAUUUUCAUCUAGGACUAGGAUAAAUAACUAUAUUAAUCAGGCAAAAAUUGGCUAUUUUAUUAAAUGUUGACUUUGUAUAAUCAAUGAUAGGAAGAUAUUGAUACAUUGACCAUUCAAGAAUAUGUGCAUCAAAGCAUCAUCAAAUAUAAUAUACCUUAAAUGAAUACAUAAUUGUCAUAUUUACCAGUUGUUAUGUUUAAAGUAUAAACAUGUUGCUACACUCUUAUAUCUAUAUAUUGUAUGCAUAUAUUUUUUUAUGUAUACAAAUCAGUUGUUCUUGUGUUCAGAAGAAGGUAUAUAUACACAUGUUGCCUAUUAUUUACAUUUCAAAACAAUGAAGCAUGUUUAAAUAGUCAGCUCUUUCUUCUUGAUUAAGACGACAUUAAUGGUAAUGAGUUUAGUCAGACUGUGGUUUACAGAACCUGUGGUAUCCGAUGUAGUUUGUCACCAUUUGCUUGACAAUCAACUUUAUGUAUUAUUAUAUACAGUUGGGUUGAUUGCAGUGCAUAAUUUAUGAAUACUUAAUGUUUCAAAGUAGCUGGUCAACAUCGGAAAGUUAUUCCAUUCUGUUUUAUGUCGGCUAUGAUUGAGUAAAUUGAUUUCUAAAAAAUAUACUUCUUAAAACUGCACAACUGAACUCAUGUCUACAUUGUGUUUAUUUAUGCUAUUGUCUGUUUGAAGUAUUGUUAUGUUUAUUUGAUGUGAUUUAUUAUAUAUAAUUUUAAAGUAUUGUAAACUGCUUUUGACACUAAUGAACUACUUCUUUAGCUUUUAUCGAAAUAUUAAGAAUAUAGGACACAUUCACAAAACUUUAAUUGAAUAUAAAUAAUAAAGAGUGUUAUAUACUUGUAAUUUCAACUGAUUGCCUAAGUCAAAGUUUUUUACAGUCAUUGUUCUUAUUUAAAUAUGUCGGCAAUUAUACAAUGUUGCAGCGUUUGUAUUGUACCUUAGUCAUGGGUAUUCCAGAACAUGCAUGGUAUUGUGGAACAAAUGAACAACAAAUAAUCUAGUACCUCUCUUAUCUAAUAGGCGUCAUUGGUAAUUCUGUAUGACGGUUUAGUUUGUGAACUUAAGUGUAAUAUUAGGUUUAGAUAUUUAUUUAUUUGUUCUUCGUUUUUUUUAAAUUAAUGUUUAAGGUUGAUUUCGUAUGGUAAAUAAUGAGAAGCCUAUUUAUCAAGUUUAAACAUGGAAACAAAAACCGUAUUGAAACAAAUGUAUCCGUAACAAAUAUCUUCUUAUAAUUGAGCUGUUAGGCUGUUUUACUUGUUGACAUGUAUCCUAUAAGUUUCAUAAAUUCAGUCGGUCUAUUAGUUGUUUUGUAGACCAUUUUUGUUUCUGCUACGUACCUCAAAUAUUUCUUCACUUAAUUUCCACUUAACCAACAAAUAUGGGUAUCAUCUCUGCUAAAUUCUGACUGGUUGCAUAUUGAAUUUAAUUACGAGUUCGUGAGUCUAGUAAGAUAAGAAUGCUGAGACACACUCCCGGUCCAGAAAUAAAGCAACCACAGGUGCGGACAGACAUAAUAAACUUUGAAAUACACAUACACGCAAAAGUCUCGCAUUAACCAUCAAAGUACCCAAGCCGUUUUGGAGUUUAGCUAACCUUACCAUAUCUUGCUAAUUGCGAACUAUCGUCCACAUUUACAUUUUUAACACUGUAGAGGCCAAAUUUAUUGUCCGAUCUUGAGGAAUCUUUGUCAGAACAUAUUUCCAAAUGUUAUCUUGACUCUGUUAAAAACUGGGUCAUGUGAGGUCAAAAACUAUGUCUCUUGGUUAAAUUAAAGAAAAAAGUUGUUAAUACUAUGUGUCGCAUGUAUACUCCAUUUGUCAUUAAACGUGGUGUGAACAUUUGUGAUAAUGAUAUCACAAUUAAGUUUUAAAAUGGUUCCGGUUCGUUUAUAAUAGGCGGCAAAGGCACGGGGCAGUUUUUUUACUUGGCUAUAGUAAAACCUUUUUACGCCCUGGGAUCGAAUGAUCGGUGGUAUAUUGUUUUUGGUCUGUCUGUCAUUCAUUAAUUCAUUCAUUCAUUCAUUCAUUCAUCCAUUCAUUCAUUGUGUAUGUCCCAAAACUUUAACCUUGGUCAUAACUUUUGCAAUAUUGAAGAUAGCAACUUGAUAUUUGGAAUGCAUUUGUAUCUCAUGAAGCUGCACAUUUUGAGUUAUGAAAGGUCAAGGUCAUCAUUCAAUGUCAAAUAUAUGGCUUCAAAGCGGCGAAAUAGGGGGAAUUGUGUUUCUUACAAACACAUCUCUUGUUAACACUAGGCAUUACAGUUAAAGUCCAAUAUUUUUUAAUCUUCUUCAGAGCAUAUGUUUUCAUUAUAUCUCAGUUGAGUUCGGAAAUGGUUCCGGUUUGUAAAAUAAACAUGGCUUCCAGGGGGCACGCUAGUUAGCUCGGCUGUUUUCGGAGAAAACCCGAGGUAUUGUCAUAGCCAGCUCAUCUUCCGGCGUCGUACUAAAGCCGUUACAUUAUGUUUACCUUUUGAACAUUGGCUCUAAAAUCAAACUGCUUCCACCUACAACUUUGAAACUUCAUAUGUACAUGCACCUUGAUGAGUUCUACACGCCACACCCAUUUUUGGGUCACUAGGUCAAAGGUUAAGGUAAAUGCGACACCUAAAAAAAAAUCUGUCAAGCUUUCAUUUGUUCAAAACUGCACCCGCAGCCGAGCGUUGACACCCGUUAUGCGGUGCUCUUGUUUUUCUUCUAUGGUCAUACUAAAACCUGUUAAAUACUCAUGGGCAUAUUUAAUGCCCAAGCUGCAUGAAACUUGGUCAGAGCAUUGUCGUAAUUAUAUCUCGGCUUAGUUAUAAAAUGUGUUUGAUUCAUUGAAAAAUAAAGCAACCAGGGGGCUAUAUUACAACCUUUUUUAACACUCUAGAAGUCACGUGUUUGUUCAAAUCUUCAUUGAACUUCGUCAGAACAUUUGUUCUUAUAAUAUCUGGGCCGAGUGCACAACUUAAUUACUGUGUAUACUUAUGUAGAAAAACAUGGUCGCCAUUGCGUUUGGUAUUGUUUCUUAACAAGAUUCUGAAAUCUUGUUAACAGUAUCGAAGUCACAUGUUAAGAGAUAAUUAAAAUUUUGUCGGAACAUUCAUCCGCAUUAUAACCGGCCAAGUUUGCAACUGGGCCAUGUGACGUUAAAAGUAAGUUACUGAGUCAAAAUAAAGAAAGAGCUUGAAUUCUUAGUCUUAUUCAAAUUCAUGAAACUUGUUCAGAACACUCGUUGAAAAUAAAUAGUUACCUAGAAAUUAAAUAUUUAUGGUUCAUUAAAUAUUUAUAUUUUAUUAAUUAAGUACCUAUAUUUUUCUGAAAACCUCCUCAUAAUAGUUUUGUUCGUUGAGGUUUCAAGAGAGCGUUUUAUGGCCCAUUGUCGUCUUAUUUUCUUUUUGCUAUGAUUUAUCUGGAAGUGGUUGCUGUUCAUCAAUGACAGUCUCGAAAUUAAAAUAGCUGUAAAUCUGUAGCUGGACACCAUCAAAUAUUGUAGCACCCAUGUAUGUUGGAUACAAGUUUGCAUAAUCGUUUCGUCAUGCCAUUUAACGAAUAAGUUCUGUAAUUAUGACAAUUAUAAGAACUCGAGACAAUACAUAGCGAUAUGCGGUGUAUAAGUGCAUUUGUCACUUCUGUAAAAUGUUUAAAGAGGCCUUUUCACGUUUGGGUAAAUUGACAAAAUUGAAAAAGUUGUUUCAGAUUCGUAAAUUUUCGUUUUAUUUAUUAUAUUUGUGGGGGAAACAGUAAUACUGGACAUUUACCAUGUUCUAAAAUAGCCAUUGUAUGCAUCUUUUGACAAUUUAAAAACCCGACAAUUAUAAAGCGUUGCAACGCGAAACGAAUUAAUAAUUUGGAGCGUUCUGUUGUUGUCGUUAUAUUUUGUGAAACUAUUAGGAUUGCUUAUAUGUAGUAUAACAUACAUUUAGCAUUGUAUUCGGAAGGAUGGCCGAGUGGUCUUAGUGGUAGACUUUUUACUCCAGGACUUCAGGGGUCAGUGGUUCGAAUCCUGCUGAGGGUUACCUUUUUAGCUCACCUGAGCACAACGUGCUCAUGGUGAGCUUUUGUGAUCGCUGUUUGUCCGUCGUCCGUCGUUCGUCGUCAACAUUUUGCCUUGUGAACACUCUAGAGGCCACAUUUAGUGUCUGAUCUUCAUGAAAUUUUGUCAGAACAUUUGUCCCAUUGAUACCAUGACUGAGUUCGAAACUGGGUCAAAAACUAGGUCACUAUGUCAAAAAAAAGAGAAAAACCUUGUGAACACUGUAGAAGUCACAUUUGAUGCACAAUCUUCAUUUAACUUUGUCAAAAUGUUUGUCUAAAUGAUAUGUUUGUUGAGUCAAAAAUGGUUCCGGUCCCUUGAAAAACAGGGCCGCCAGGGGGCGGGGAAGUAUUCAUUAUAUGGCUAUAGAGAAACCUUGUGAACACUCUAGAAGUCACAAUUUUUGCCCAAUCAUCAUGAAACUUGGUCAAACAUUUGUUUCAUUGAUAUCUCGGACGAGUUCGAAAAUGGUCCAGAUCGGUGAAAAAACAUUGCCGCCAGGGGGCAGGGCAGUUUUCUCUAUAUGUAUAUAGUGAAAACAUGUGAACACUCUAGAUGUCACAUUUUUGGUCCAAUCUUAAUGAAAUUUGGUUAGAACAUGUUUUUUUCUUGAUAUGACGGUUGAGUUCGAAAAUGGUUUGGAUCGGUAAAAAAACAUGGCCGCUAGGGGGGGUCAUUUUCCUUAUAUUUAUAUAGUUAAAAAUGCUUGUGAACACCCUAGAAAUCACAUAUUUUUCCUAAUCAUCAUUUUUUUUUCUUAACAUCGAUUUUAUAGACAUCUCGGAAGAGUUCGAAAACGGUCAUGAUGGGUGGAAAAACAUGACCUCCAGGGGGUGGGGCAGUUUUCUCAAUAUGUAUAUUAUGAAAACAUGUGAACAGUUUAGAAGACACAUUUUUUGCCCAAUCUUCAUGAAAUUCGGUCAGAACAUUUGUUUCCUGGAUACGACACUUGAGUUCGAAAAUGGUUUGGAUCUGCAAAAAAACAUGGCCGCCAGUGGGGGGGGGUCUUAUUCCUUAUAUUUAUAUGGUAAAAAAGCUUGUGAAUACUCUAGAAGACACAUUUUUUGCCUAAUCAUCAUGAAAUUUUGUCAAAACAUUAGUUAUGUAGAUGUCUCGGACGAGUUUCAAAAUCGUCGUGAUCAGUGGAAAAAAAUGGCUGCCAGGGGGUGGGGCAGUUUCCUUUAUAUGUAUUGUAAUGCCUGCCUUGUAAUUGUUUACUUUGUUUUUAUUCUUGCAAUAAUAAUUCUUUAAAUUACAAUUUUUAAUAACUUUUAAUUCAUUAAUCAUAGUUAAUAACUUAUCAAUUCAUUAAUGAUAGAUCAGGUAUAUUUUUAUUGAAUGAUAGUUCUUAAGAAAUGAAAUAAAUGCUUUAAACUCUCUCAAAGUAUGAAAAGUUUACAUCAGUGGUCAGUGCUGCAUCUCUUCUGACCAGUGCUGCUUAUCUUUACCUGGAUACUAAGAAUAGCAGUGCUCUCAUUUGAUUGGAUGUUUACCUAGGCUAAACAUCUGGGUAUACAAGUGAAAGACUAAUGUUAGACCCCCUGGCUCUAAGUUGGAAGAGUUAGUCCACUAGUUGAAAGUUUGGGGUUAGUGAAUUACUAAUCUGCCAGACCUGUUUAGUGUAGCAACUGUUAGUUUUAUCAUGGAUGUGAGUUCAAUGUUCUAAGUUGAAAUUUCACUUAGUAAAAGUGACUUAGUCUUAUUUUUCUCUAAAUGAAAAUAUUGAAUUAGUGAUUUACUGUGUUUCACUAACUGGGCAGGUUAAGUUAGUGGAGUUAGUUUUUUUUAACUUUUAACUCAGUGCAAUUAUUAACUAAGUGAUAACUAAGGCAAAGUGACUAAGUAUUUUUUCUCUAAGUGAAAAUAUUGAGUUAGUGAUUUAAUAAAGAACAGGACUUACUGAAUUUAUGCAACCACAAGUUAGUGUUUUUAAUAAGUGAUGAGUGAACAUAGUGGAUUUAUUAAAUGACAUAUCUCAGCUAGUCUUUUAAUUAAAGUGAUUUAGUGUGUUGUGAUUAACGCAAGUUGUAAGUGAUUAAUCAAAGCCGAAGAAAUGGAUUUAAACUUUUUCUUUAAGUGUCUUACAUUAGACUUAAGUGAAUAAUACAAUGAAAGUGAGUUCUAAAUUAUUUGUUUAGUGAAAGUGAAGUUUGUGAGUGAAUUCAAUAAUAGUGAUUAUGGGUGUUUGUUUAUCCUUGUGCUUUAUACAGGCAUUUGCCACAUACUGAACACAAACUGUUGACCAAGUUUAGACAUGAAAUUGUAUAAUUGUUUUCGAAACCUUGUUUUAACUAUGAUUAACUUUUGAAAGUUUAUGAACUGUAUUUCUAUAUGAAUUGUUUGUAUUGUUUGCAUUAUUGCUUAAGUAUAAAUGAUGAAUGUUUGGAAAGAAUAAAAAUAGUUUAGUCA